AUGAUCGUGGGGUGGUCAUCAUUCCUGGAUAUAUUCCACAGGUACCCCGGAAAGCUGUAUAGAGAAGCUGCUCAACAGCUUGUCAGGCGGUACCCCGUGCUCAGGGACGUCUCGCUAGAAGGGCAUUCUAACAUGAAGUACAGUUCUACUGCAGCACAGACUGCAAGGGUGCUGUGCACUCAAACAUUGGUACCUUUCAGGGCUCAUGGUAUGGCAUUACAAAACAAAGGCAAGAACGGUAGGCGAAGAUUGGGAAACGGCAUGCCAGAGGUAAAUGCUGCCAUGGAAAAAAGAAGGUCACACAAAGAAAAGGGGGCUGAGGCACAUCCAAGGGAACCACAACACAUUCCACGGGAGUGUACCCACGCUUCUGUCUUUGGAGAAGGAGAGGACGAAGCAUCCAUCAAUGGCCACAUGGCUUUCAUGGCUAAAGAGAUGAGGAAGGGUGUCUUUGACAAGGAAAAAGUGAAGAAUGCAAUGGACAGGACGUUUCAGGCACGGAGAAACUGGAUAAAGACCGAGCGUCCACUAGUGCAGGACGUACUGAACAAGUACCCUGCAUUAAGACAUGAAGAAGAAGUUAGGAAUGAAUUCCAGCGCCUCACUGGCGUAGAAGCAGACACUUCGCUGCUCUCCUUCAUAAACAACUGUGGCGAAAAGGUACUGCAGCUAGCUUCACAGAAGAGAGCUCUCCAGGCUGAACUGAAAGCAUUUUGGAAGGAACUAGAACAGCUGCCAACGUCAGAACAAAAGUACUACUUUGCCAUCGGAGUAAUAAAGCCCCUGCCAGGUCUGCUCAGAGAGAAUUGGCAGAGACUCGUAGUCAAGCUGGAACCCGGCAUCCAGCACACUUAUCCGACCAUCACCUACACAGGCGAUGACCUGCUUACAACUGGGAGCAUCAGUGCUGUUGCAGAAGGACUCUCAGUCAACGCCUUGGAUGCCACCUCAGCUGUAUCGCUGUUGCUGUGUUUGUAUUGGACCUUUAAUAUUGAGUAUUCGCCAGUCAUUAAGAACACUCUCUCUGUACUAGAAUGAAUGCUGGGGGUGAAGUACACCCGCCUAACAGCCCUCCCACUGCGGGUUGUAACAGCGCUAACAGCUUGAUGUGGACUCUAUUCCUCUCUUCAGCUUUAACCACAUAGACAGUGUGUUCAAAGUUGCGGUCUCAGGUUACGUGGAUGAUUUUCUACUCCAGUCACGCGCUUAAAGACAAUCAGUUAACUAACUUUUAGCUAUUACUGCUAACAAGUGUGUUCAGUUAGUAAACUUUGAGGUGGCCAUAUUUCUAGGUCAUUCCAUUUCAUACAAUCUUUGUAGCGUGUCCAUGUUCCGAGACAUUUAACUUCUUAUUUCGGCAAUUUGUGUAAAUACGGAUGUCUGAAUGGAAAGAUUGGCAGAAAGCUCAAACCUCCUUGGAAUGUGAGAUUCUAUUCACCUCCAUGUAACUCAGUUGCUGCAUGGAGUUUUGUGGCACUUCUUGUGGCAGGUAUAGCAUAAAAAGGGUCUUUGGUCUUAACAAUUUGCGAAUUCUGUGCAGGACACAUUCAUGGAAUAUUUUGGUAACUUCUUUCGUUGGUACGUAUUUAGUUGCGACAAACAGCUAUCCCAGGCUUGGCCCUCCCCGAGCAAAAAAAAAAAAUCCUGAA